GCGGGGCUGGUUGCUAAGGUUUCAGGUGGUAUGGAUCCGGAAGCAGGAAGCAGUGUGAGUUCCCAGGACUCUGGGACCUGGCUGGCUUGGGGGAGAGGGCACCGCUGGAGCGCCGGUAGCCAAAAUGGGACCGUCUGCUGAUGAGCUGAGGCAGGAGCUGGAGGCCACGGCAGAGGAAGUGCUGGGGAGGCUGAAGAGCCGGCAGCUGUUCCAGUCUGAAUGGGACAUCGCUGCCUUUGUGGUCUUUCUCACAUUUGUGGGCAUUGUGGUGUUGUUGCUGUUACUGGUUGUCAUUCACUGCUGCUGCUGCUGCACCUCUCCCAGACCCCGGAAGGUGAGCCCCAUGAAGGAAAAGCCCAAGGGUGUGGAUAACUUGGCUCUGGAACCUUAGCGCUAGAUCUUGGCAUGGGCCCUGCUGGAUGACAGUAACAAAGCCAAUGUUUGCCAAA